AUGGGAGAUCGUCAAUGGAAAGAGUUACUAAAUUGGACGUUAAAGAAUGCCAUAUCUGAUACUAAUGACAAUGACAAUACAACUAAAUUUAAGAAAAUGAGUAAAGAAGAUUUAGAUUUUCUUACUAAAGCCUUAGAGAGCACUAAAGAAGCUGAAAAACAAUUAGAAACUGCUAUUAAGGACACUGUAAGUUUUGUAAAUGGAGAGUUUCAAUUGGAUGAUGCGAAUAUAAUGAAAAAUCUUUAUAUCAUAGAAUCAUACUUAGAUGAACAUCCAGCUCACUCACUAGACAUAGCAAAAAAUGAAAUACUGAAUACAUUAAUGAAGUUAAUCGAAUCUGAUAAUGUGGAAAUUGUAAAAUUGACACUGAAAAUAUUAACUUCGGCAUUGGGAAACAAUGAAGUUGUUUCAAAUGAGGCUUUUAGUAGAGGCCUUUUGGAUAAAUUAUUUUCAAGAAUUGAUGGUUUUUAUGAUAUAUCCCCAAUCAUAUCCACGAUGUCCGCAUUAGUCAGUUCCUAUCCCCCGUCUGGGAAGGAUUUCGCUAAAUUUGGAAGAUAUAAUCUGCUUAAUAGCAUUUUUGAAACUAAUCACGCUCACAGGACUAAAGAAAAAGCGACAAUGCUGAUUUAUCACCUCGUAAACAAUAAGGUUGUCGAUUUAAAUAUGCUGAAUGUGGAUGGAAUAAUCGCAUCAAUACUACCAUUUAAAGAUGAAUCAUUACAAUUUAGGGAAGUUUUUGGCGAAAUGGUAUUGUCAAUCAUCGAGAACUAUCCUAAACAGAUUGACAAAGUGCAAUUGACGCAAUUGUUACAAUCAGAUGGUUCAAAAUGGGAUUCAGAUGUGUUGCAACAACAAUUAACGCAGAUUAAAAACUUUUUAAACAAUUAG